AUGAAUAUUUAAGCGUAUCCAAUAGCAAUCACAAGUCAAAAAGUCUUGAAGACUAAAGGAGACAGUUCAGAAAAUGUGAUACCCGAUUCUGAUCAGGAAGAUAACUUGUAGAGUCCCUUUUUAAAAGAAACUCCAACCUCUUCAUCCAAACCUCUCAAACAUAUACGGUUUAGCGGAACCAAUCAAUUAUGCUAUUUUCCCAAAAAUGGCAAAAAAGAUCUCUCACCAUCACCAACCAGAAAAAGCCAUCAAUCUAUUCAAUCAAUACUCAAAAACAAAGAGAAAGUAUUUUUCUUCACCCAAGAAAAAUGA